AUGCCACCAAGACGGAAUGCACCUGCGGAGAACGAUAAUAACCUCUCUGCGAUAGAUCGGAUGGUUCAGGCCAUGGAAAGGAUGGCUGAGUUGAUGCUAGCUCAGCAAGGUCAAAACCAAAAUCAGGGGCAGCCGAGAGUGGAUUAUGCUAUGGCAAUAGCCAGCCGACAACCACCGUACUACGCAGGCGAAAAGGAUCCGGUGAUUCUGGAAGAGUGGAUCCGAACCUUCGAUAAAUUACUCAACGCAGUGAAUUGCCCUGCGAACCAGCGAGUAUCCUCGGCAGUUUAUUACCUGACGAAAGCUGCAGACAAUUGGUGGGCGACGGUCGGACCUACUCUCUUGCAAGACCCAGCCUUCGGUUGGGAAGAAUUCAAGGUGGAGUUGAGAGAACAGUUCUACACUGAGCGCAUCAAGGGGAUUAAGUGUGAGGAAUUCCUACGAUUGAAACAGAAGGGAGCAACCAUUCAGGAAUACUACGAUCAGUAUGUGGAGCUGAUGCGGUUUGCCCAAGAAAUCGUGCCGGAUGAGGCGAGUAAGGCGAGGAGAUUUGUUCGGGGGUUGGACUGGAGUAUAAGGGGAAUGAUCGCACCUUUUAUGUGCUCUACUUUAAAGGAGGCGUAUGACAGAGCUUCGGAUCACUAUCAAGUAUACCUGAACCAACAGGAAGCCUACGGUCGGAAUAAGAGGAAGGCUGACGACAAUUCUCGGAAGUUUCCGUCGGGAAACAAGAAGGUCAAUCAAGGCAGCUUCAAUACAGUGCAAGGAAGAGGAGGAUUUGAUAAGGGGAAACGUUCUGCUUGCCCAAGAUGUGGGAGGGAUCACCCCGGCGAAAACUGUCAGGGGAUGAAAAUCAAAUGCUACAGGUGUGGUCUGUUGGGGCACAAAGCCGCUUACUGCCGAAAUCAAGAAGACAGUCCCCAAAAGCCCCUGCAGAAUGCGAAUCAGGGACGGAGAUUCAAUGGGAAUACCGGCUGGAACUCCGCAGGAGCAGGAGGUCAGAGGACCAACUUCCAAUCUGGGAAUCCGGCGAACGUCACGCCCGGUUCCAACCACAAGGGAAAGCAGGUGAUGUGA